CCCGUCAUCCCCCGCGCGGGGCCGCUCCGGCCCGGGCCGCUCGCUGCCCCGCGCUCCCGGCGUGCCCCGCGCUUCCGCCCGCGCCUCCUUCCGCUGCCGCCUGCCCUAGAGGACGGUCGCCAGGAUGCUGGCUUCCAGAGUGUUCAGCCUGGUCGGGAGGAGAUCCAUCUCCACCUCCCUGUGCCUCAGGGCACAUGGACACGCAGGCGUGGUCAAGGCUGAGGAUUACACCCUGCCAGCCUACGUGGACCGGCGGGAUGUCCCCCUGCCCGAGGUGGCCUUCGUGAGGGACCUCUCUGCGCAGCAGCAGGCGCUCAAGGAGAAGGAGAAGGCAUCGUGGAGCGCCCUGUCCGUGGAUGAGAAAGUGGAAUUGUAUCGGAUUAAAUUCAAUGAGACCUACGCAGAGAUGAACAAAGGGACGAACGAGUGGAAAACCAUCCUGGGGGGAGUUUUCUUCUUCCUUGGUUUCACUGGAAUCAUCCUUAUCUGGCAGAAGCACUUCAUGUACGGCCCCAUCCCGCACACCUUCUCCGAGGACUGGCUGUCGGCUCAGACCAAGAGGAUGUUGGACAUGAGGGUUAACCCCGUGGAGGGCAUCUCAGCCCAGUGGGAUUUUGACAAGAACGAAUGGAAGAAAUAAAGCAACUCAGUGGAAGCUGCUCCGCUUGAAGAUGAAAUGAUUCCAUCACCUGUGUGUGACCUCGUUGCUUGUUGUACUGGAACACCCUCUCCACCUCCAGAAAUGCUAAUAAAUGUCUGGUUAACUUGA